AUGGGCGUGCCGGGACUUUGGCCCAAUCUGGUUCCCUCUAUGCACAUUCCGCUCUGCAGGCUGGCUGACGAGCUUUUGAUCUGCGAUGAUGGAGAGGAGGAAGCAAAGUCUCGACGAGCUCUGAUCGUCGGUAUCGAUGUCUCGGCAUGGCUGUAUCACGCCACCUCGUCUCAAGGCGGUGCCAACGCCGCUUUACGUCUUCUUCUUUUCAGGUUGCUGCGCCUGUUGAUGGUGCCCAGGCUUCGACCGGUCUUUGUGUUCGAUGGACCAGGUCGACCUCGCAUGAAGCGAGGCGCGUCCCGCCAUGCGCAAGAUUGGUACGGCAUCGAUGCCCUCAAGAAGCUGCUGGACGCGCUGGGCAUGCAGUGGAUCGUAGCACCUGGAGAGGCUGAGGCCGAGCUCGCUCAACGCUGCUUCAGUGGACUUGUGGAUGUGGUGUUGAGCGACGAUGUCGACUCGCUCGUGUUUGGUGCAUCCAUCGUGAUUCGCAAGUGCGUAUCACAUCGCUCGUCUGUGGCCCCCGCUGCCCAAUGCUGACGUUAGCGCUUACACCUUUUCUCAGCUGGAGCUCGGGUAUUUCCCUUCGUGGAGAACAGCGCGAUGACGUCUCGGAAGCUCCCGCUUCCUCUUGUACGCCCUCGGAGGUGGAAGAGCAUCCAAGCGGCAGUUCAAGCCGACCCGCUUCCCCACGCAAGCGUGCCGGGUCACCCAGCAAGAAGAAAGCAACGGCUGCUACUGGCUCUGCUGCAUCUGUCGCGUGUUUUCGUACGGCAGACCUUGCGCUGGAUCGGGAGGGCUUCAUACUCGUCGCGCUGAUGGCGGGAGGAGACUAUGACGUCAAAGGUCUGGUUCGCUGCGGCGCCAAGGUGAGUGCGUGCGAGCUGUGUUCGCCGGCAUCCACUGAAAAAGUGGCCUGCCCUUCGUUCUUAGAUUGCGAUGGGGUUGGCAGCCGCAGGAUUUGGCUCUCUGCUGGUGCAAGGAUUCGAGGAGCAUUGCAUUCGACCAUUGCGGAGUGCAUACGCCUUGGCUCAAGGGCUUCCUGCGCCGAAAACAAAGGCUAGCUGGGGCGACUUCAGACGUCGGUGGAUCGCUUCUCUGCGCGAUGAGCUGCGCACCAAUGCGACAGGGAUGCUGCCAAAGCGAUACAAGGUCUUGGCAGACUCGCAAGAAAUGGAUGAGCUGCUGGCCACGCCGCAGGCUUUGGCAGUACUCGCCAGCUACGUGUGGCCACUUGUCAGCGAAGCAAUCGAGGCUGCACAGCGUCGCGAUGGUGGUGCGAACGAGAUGACCAAGCAACCGCAGCUUGCAACGAUGCCUGAUCUCGCGCACCUCGUCAAAAUUCUGCGCGUCGAAAUGCUCUGGGGAGAGGAAGCUUGUUUGAGGCGCUGCCGCAGUCUGAUCUGGGAAGGCAUCAUUGUGCGGCAGCUGGAAGUAGAUUCGGAUGAGCAGUCGAGGACGCCGGAGAGCAUGCCCGAAACAACAGUGUCCGUGACAUUUGCGCGCCAGCAGCGCGCAAGGCCGCUCUACGACUCCCCCACUGCGACGAGAAUCUCCGACUUCUUCGCAACCUCGGCACGAAUUGACAGUGAUCCUCCACGUCGGGGCCCAGAGGUGCGAGACGAGACACCAUCACGCCGGGAGUUCAGCGCGUGUAUCGCCAAGCUCUGCGGGAUUUACUCCGCUCGCGAUGGUCCUAGCGGAAGAGAGAUCCGGACGGAGUGGGACGUGACCGAUCUUGUGGGUUGUGCGCGCCAAGCUAUCAGCGAUUCGCAGUAUGACUGGCGCGCAGCUCUGGCGCAGCGGCGACAGCGCGGAGACGAUGCGCCUUAUACAAGCAGUACCGAGGAAGCUGUCAGCGAUAAGUCUCUCGACUCGGGCUCGGAGACGCGGAAGAGGACGCAAAGGCCUGCAAAGCCGAUCGACCACUCCGCCACGUUGCGGUUGUGGCUGCCUCUAGAGCUGCUGGAACGGAGCCCCUGUACCCGCGUGGCUCUGCGCACUUGGCAAGCCCAGCAGCGCGAGAAGAGUGGAAAGGCUGCAGACGCUGCUCAGCGAAGGGCCGAGCGAUCUGCCAGGGAGCUCAGAGACAAGGCUGGGCAGCGUAGCGUAGCUGACUUCUUUGGCGCUUCAAGGGCGAAGUCGGUUGUCGCUGGUCCGAGCACGGUCGGCUCACCGUCCAAACCUGUUCGACGCAGUGCUGCUGCGCUCGCUCCGAGCACCCGACCGAUCGAGCGUACUGGCUCAGAAGCGUCCUCGGACUCAACAUCUAGCUCGCGACGUGCGGCGCAGACAUCCGAUGCUCAACCUUUCGGCCGUGCUCAAUCCAAAGCGCGUAGUGUAGCCAAAGACAACAGCGAUUUGGCGUCGAGCACGCCGGACAGACCCUUGACAGACGCCGAGCUGGCAGCUAUGUGGACUCGGUCACCGAGUCCCGCUACUCGGCGGGCGACGGAUCUUCUAUUGAGUCAAUCAGGCUGGCUCGAUGACCAGCAUUCGAAUCGUUAUCAGCGCCAGGCACCUGUUUCAGAGGGUUCCAGGUCCGAUACCGAGGCAAAUGACGCUCAGCCGUGCAGAUCACGUAGGAUCUUUACGCGAACGCCUCCGCGCACCUCUUCGAAGCCCUCGGAGCGUCUCUCGCUCACGCCUCGCGCGGUCGGAGAGAUCAGUACAGAUCUCGACGAAAGCUUGCCAAGUCCUUCCACGUUGAUGCUGCCAACGAGCCGGGCUCACCGCCUUCAGAGCACAACAAAAUCUGCGCGCAGCUCGUCACCGCCGCACAAGUCGCCUCGCAAGACAAAGUUGCAAGAGUCGCCACGUCGUGAAGUUGACGCUGCGUCCGCAUCUCGAAGAGCGCAGAGAGGCACGGGCGAGAGAAGUGGGGCUACUAGCUUGCCUUCUUGCAAGGCUCUUGCGGAGGUUGACAGCGAUGGAGAGGAGGAAGAGGAGGAUAAUAGCGUGGUCUUUGUUAAAGCGCCUCCGCAACCGAUCUUCGGACCUGAAGGUACGAGAGCAGGACACAGAGGAAAGGUUCGCGCUCGUCUUUCUCAGGCUAUCUUGCUCGACUCGGACUCGGAUCAGUGA